GAGAACAUGUAGCUUUGCGGACCUUCGAUGGACACAUCCGCAGACUCGCUGCGGACCUGUCGAUGAGGAAGAGACCCGUUCAGAUUCUGCGCAGGUUCCAGCCGCUGACCCCGCCAAUGGAGAAAUAUGAAAAGCUGGCCAAAAUCGGCGAGGGCUCGUACGGCGUGGUGUUCAAGUGCAGGCACAGGGACACGGGCCAGGUCGUGGCCAUCAAGAAGUUCGUGGAAUCCGAAGACGACCCCGUCAUCAAGAAGAUUGCAUUGCGAGAAAUACGCAUGCUGAAGCAGCUGAAACACGUGAAUCUGGUCAACCUGCUGGAGGUCUUCAGGAGGAAAAGACGGCUCCACUUGGUGUUCGAGUUCUGCGAGCAGACGGUCCUCAACGAGCUGGACAAACACCCUCGAGGGGUCCACGAGGCUCAGCUGAAAAGUAUCGUGUGGCAGACUCUGCAAGCUGUGAACUUUUGCCACAAGCACAACUGCAUCCACCGCGAUGUAAAGCCAGAGAACAUCCUCCUCACCAAAACCGGAGUCAUCAAGCUCUGCGACUUUGGCUUCGCCCGCAUUCUGACAGGACCAGAAGAUGACUACACGGACUACGUGGCGACCCGCUGGUACCGGGCCCCCGAGCUGCUGGUAGGGGAUACUCAGUACGGGCCGCCCGUGGACGUGUGGGCCCUGGGCUGUGUCUUCGCCGAGCUGCUCCACGGGAACCCGCUCUGGCCCGGGAAGUCCGACGUUGACCAGCUCUACCUCAUUCGGAAAACUCUAGGUGACCUGAUCCCUCGUCACCAGCAGGUCUUCCGCUCCAACGUUUUCUUCAGUGGAGUCAGUAUUCCUGAACCCGACACAACGGAGCCUUUGGAAAAGCGCUUCCAUGGCGUGUCUCCUCACGCGCUCCACGUUAUGAAGUCGUGCCUGGUGAUGGACCCCUCGCUCCGGCUGUCCUGUGAAGAGCUGCUGGAGCUGCCGUACUUCCAGGAGGAAGGAACCAACUGGGGCCGCGAGGGUGAGCGCCCGGGGCGACGACACGACAAAGGCUCCCGCCGCAGACACCCGGGGGCUCAGUACCUGCCUCAGUUACUAAACAGCAACAUCUCACCAGCACCGGAUGUUAAGAAACAGGUGAAGCAUAAAUAUCACCUGCCCAAUAUUUAA